GUGAGGCAGAACGCACGCCGGUGUCAAACGGGACGCGCUACAUUCGUUCGCCCAAUAAAAUUUACGCUCGCUUACGAUCAGUGUUGUGUUGUUCGCAUUUCAGAAUUUUAAAAAUGCAUCUAAGUUCGAUUCAGUUGGCGUGCGCGGCACUGGUGGCGGUGGCCCUGGGCGCAGCGGCGCCGCCCUCGUCGUCGCACCACGUCGCACGGCGCUCCUUCUUCACCCUCGAGUGCAAAGGAGUCUACGACGCGGCCAUUUUUGCCCGCCUCGACAGAAUCUGCGACGACUGCUACAACCUCUUCAGGGAACCACAGCUCUAUAAUCUAUGCAGGAAAGACUGUUUCACGACAGAUUACUUCAAAGGCUGCGUGGAGGUGCUACAAGAAACUGACCAGUUAGAACAGUUCAAGGAAUAUAUAAGAAUAUUACACGGGGCCGUACCCCCGGCUGGGAAUUAGGGAGAAAUGUUUCACGUCCCCCUACUUCAAGGGAUGCAUGGAGUCUUUGUACCUAUACGACGAAAAGGAACAAAUUGAUCAGAUGAUCGACUUCGUCGGUAAACGCUAACAACACAAUCGCGAUUGAAAGUACCGACGCAUCUUACCGUGUUAUAUAACUACGCAGUUUUGUACCAACUUCCAACGCAACGGUUCACGCAACAACCGCUUUGCCAUAAAGCAGGCCACAUACAUGUUCCCCGGAACAGCUGCUUGUUUCCUCAACAUAUUCUAGUCCUUAAGCGACGUAAAUAGUUUUAUGUUCGCAACUAAAUGUAAUGUUAUUGUAAUUUGUAUUAAGUAAUGCUAAGGACAUUUAUUAUCUAUUUUAUGGUUUAUAUGUUAUUAAAUGUUGUAAGCUUCUUAUGUAGAGGAAGUGUAAAGUACAUUGGUUCACCUCCUAGUAAUGAAAUUGGAAAAUUUUGAGGCAGCCUUUGGUGUCGAUGCUGGUCAUCUAAACUGUCUCGUAACACCCGACUGAGAUUAUUAUAUUGUCUGGCUGUCGUUCUGAGAUGUGGUCCGAGGGUUGGGACGGCUGGUUGCUUGCCCAGCUUCCCACCAGCUUCGCCCGAUAACCGUCUCAUCCUCUGAAACACGUCUCAAAAAGACAUCUAGUUUGCGACGCAUUCCAAUCACAGUAUUUAAAAGAAUACUUACGCUUUUUCAAACUACAAUUCGUUGUAUUUGUAUCAAAUUUUCUAUAACCUUUUUAAAUUAUGUUAAAGAGCCUUAUUUUAGUUCUUACAAGAUAGUAUUUUUAUAAAUAGGUAGGUUCUAAACCAAUAUAACAACUCUGCUAAACAAAUUCGAACUUAAUUACCAAGGAACAACUUCGAUUUUAGUUUAAUUGAAAUUUAGCAUUCACAAUCUGUUGCUAGAUAGUUUUAAUCACGCAUGUGGCUUAUACAUCACUUAGAUAUAGUUCGACAAACUCAGGGAGUUUAUUGUUUUAAUUUUCAUUCGCGUUUAUUUAUUUAUUAGGGAUUCAGAUAUACGUAAAGGAACAGUUUUACUGACUGAUUUGAUAAAAGAAUCUUCCAAUUUUAAAAUAAUAGACAUGUUAUUACGCAAUGUAAUAUCCUUGGUUACCUUUAGUUAGUGAAACUGUUCCUUUGCAAUAACAGGCAGGCUAUAGUUUGUACAGGCGACGGUGGUCUGUCUGUCUGUACAAACGAUAGCUCGCCAGACACAAGAUAACGGAAAUUGUGCUCACAUCGCUUUAAUCUGGAUUCGAUAGCCAAGCGAGUUUUUAACGAUUAUUUUUAUUAGUUAAUUUCACUAGCAAGUAAGUAUUUAAAAAAGAUUUAUUUUUAUAUACUUCCGACCUAUUUAUUACCUAUUGUUACUUUUUAUUUAUAUUUUUUUAAUAAUAAGUAUGAAUAGAAAGUUUCGUGCAGCGAUAGUGUACCAGUGUGGAAAUAUAACUGUACUCGUAUAUUCCUGAUUUUGUAUUAUCUUUAAGUUGCGGUUUAUACUUAUUUAAAAGUUUUCUUUUUGUAAAUUCCGCUGUAACUCUUGUCUGUGUUCGAAUCUCAUCUUUGUAUAGUUUAUUAGCGUUUCUUAAAUUGACAUACUUUUUAAUUGUAUCGACACAGUUUGUGAAGAAUAGUUUCGCCACAUAAGAAUCUGUCCUGUGACCAAUAAGAAAUGGUGCCAAUUAUUGUCAGCAAGACACUAGGUUAAAAACAAUUAGCUAAUGGUAUAUAAACAAUUUAUAG